AUCGCGUUGGCUCCAACCGGCGGUCACCAACCCUCCACACUUGCAUAUAACCCGCUUCCGAGCCAAGAUAUCAAAAUACAGGAAGCAUCCAUAAGUCUGAAACAAUUCACAGACAGGCCAGAGGUGUCAUAGCCCAUCCGAUUGACGGCAAAAAAUGGCAUCACCAACGUCCACCUUCCGGCUCAGCCGGACCCUAACCCGCACCGCCCUACGACGGACCGCUCUCCCCCUCGGUCUCGGCCUCGGCCUCAGCACCGGCCUCGUGGCAGUCCACCGGCAACAGCCCAUGCGAUUCGACAGUGUGCCAGUAUCCCAAACACGUUUGCGAUCAAGCGGUGGCCAGGAACCGGGGAGGAAAGAGUUCCUCGACGCGGACACGAUCAAGCAGCUCUCUGGGGGUAGCCUGUCCGGCUUCGCAGCAGGCCUCCUAGUCAGCGUCUUCUCCAAAACACUUGUCCUACUAGCAGGCAUCGGGAUGGCGGUUAUCCAGAUCGCCGCGCGCAACGGGAUAGACCUGAUCGGAUACCUCAGGCUCAAGGACCGCGCCAAAUCGUCACCAGUCCUAGCAGCGCUGAACCGGCACAUGGCAUUCAAGCUCUCGUUCGCCCUGGCCUUUGCCCUCUCGGCCUUCAUGUCCUUCUCAGGGGAAUAGUGGUUCCCGCUUGGGGUUUUCUCCUUUCAUGGCAGGGAAGAGCGCCGUUAUGCCCAUAGACGAACUGACGAACCGCCGGCUUGCAGCCUUGAUAAUCAAUCAUAUUCCUCACUCGACUCGACGGUCAAAU